UCCAGUCAAAUUUCAAUUGCGGGAGAGUGUUUGUUGAUUUCAUUGUAGUCGCAGUCUCGUCUGCAAACCACUUGUUCAAACCAUACAAUGACUUUUCAUUUUCGCUAAGACACUUAAUUUUGUCAAAAAAAAAAUUCCGAGGAACGGAAUUUUUGAGUGGUCACAAUGCGACCAAUUUUAAUUUUUUCAUGUUCCGUGUCGGCUUUGUGUUUCGCUUUUAUAUCGGGACAAGAAACUGAAGGUGGUAAUUCAAAGCAAGUUGCCUGCCUGAGUGAUUUCCGCUGCGCGUCGGGCAGCUGCAUCCCGCGGCAGUGGAAGUGCGACGGCAACCCCGACUGCGAGGACGGGUCGGACGAGCCGCCGGACUGCGUGGUGGCACAGUGCAAGCCGGGCCAGUUCCAGUGCGAGCACUCCCGCAAGUGCAUCCCGACCGGCUGGCUGUGCGACGGCGAGCCGGACUGCAAGUUCGACUCCAACAACCAGAGCGACACCUCGGACGAGGACCCGCACAGAUGCAUGAAGAACAAUCCGUGUCCGCCAAAUUAUUUCCGCUGCGAGGAUUCAGCGAAGUGCGUGCACAUCACCCAGGUGUGCAACACUGAACUGGACUGCCCCGACCACUCAGACGAGGGGGACUUCUGCGCCAACGCGACAAUAUGCAACAACACGCAGUGCGGCUUCAAGUGCAAGGCGACCAAGUCGGGGCCGCAGUGCUACUGCAAGCCGGGGUGGCAGCCCAGCGGGGCCCAGUGCGUAGACUCGGACGAGUGCCAGGUGGGCGGGGCCUGCGACCAGCUGUGCUCCAACUCCGUGGGCUCCUACUCCUGCUCCUGCGUGCCCGGCUACACGGCGUCCGGCCACUCCUGCUCCGCCAUCAACGUCCCCGAGCACGAGCCGGCCACGCUGGUAUUCAGCAGCACGCUGGACAUCCGGCGAGUGUUCCUGAACGGCAGCGACUGCCGCGGCAACAGCUCCGUGAGCCAGCUGCACACGCAGGCGCUCGAGUUCAACCAGCGCAACCGCAGCGUGUGCUACAUCCGCAGCAGCGCGGGGCGCGUGCUCAUGAGCUGCGUGCACGCAGACAACUUCACCCACUCCUGGGACCUGCCGUCCCCCUCCCUCUUCCACCUCUACUCCCUCACACACAUAGUCCUGGACUGGGUAUCUGGGAACUGGUAUUUUCUGGACGACACCCGAGAAAUGAUUUUCCUGUGCAACUCGACUCUCUCGUCUUGCAUCGUGCUGGUGGACGUGAACCUCAGCAAGCCUAGAGGGAUCGCACUUGAUCCCACGAAAGGGUUCAUGUUCUUCACCAAGUGGGGGGCCUCGAUGGCCAUGCUGGAGCGCUCGCUCAUGGACGGGACCAACAGGACGGUGCUGGUGAACCAGAAGAUAGUGUAUCCGUACGGCGUGGCGGUGGACUUCCCCGCGCAGCACGUCUACUGGGUGGACACCUACCUGGACUGCAUCGAGCGAGUCAACUACGACGGCUCCAACAGACGCACCAUCAUCAAAGGAAACCCAGUGCAAAACCUUUACGACAUCACUGUGUUUGAGAAUAACCUGUUCGUCACAAGCUGGCGUCAUCAGAGCAUCAUACGUUUGAACAAGUUCGAUUCCCAAGACCACGAGAUGAUCGGUAACUUCAGCCGCCCAUUUGCGAUCCACGUGUUUCACAGGCAGCGGCAACCAGACGUGCCGCACCCGUGCGGCCGCGACAACGGCGGCUGCGAGCACGUCUGCAUCCCGGCGUGGAAGAAGGAGACGGCGGUGGUCCAGUGCGUGUGCCAGGCGGGGUUCCGGCUGGCCCGGGGCGGCCAGUGCGUCGCGAUGAAGAAGACCCAGUUCCUGCUGUACAGCAAAGGCCGGCCGGCGAUGAUCAAGGGAGUCCCGCUGACGGGUCGCCAGGCGCACCAGGACGUCAUUGUCCCCAUAAUGGACCUGGGGCGGCCCACCGCCAUCGACUACGAUGUCCGUGGUCAGUACAUCUACUUCUCAGAUGUGCAAAGGUAUGUGAUCGAGAGGCAGAGACUGAAUGAGACUAAAAGAGAGAAGUUUAUCGACCAUGGUAUCAACAACUGCGAAGGUCUGGCAGUUGAUUGGAUGAGUCGUAACAUCUACUGGACCGACGGAGGGCUCAGUGCCAUAAACGUAGCCUCACUGGAAGACGUUUCGAAGAGGAAAAUGUUCACUUUCGAGAAGAUGGUGCAUCCUCGGUCCAUAGUGCUCGACCCGAAGAAAGGGUUGAUGUACUGGACUGACUGGGCGAACGUCGGAACGCAGAACGGAAAGAUCGAGAGUGCAUGGAUGGACGGCACGCACAAGAAGAUGUUCGUCAAGACAGGCCUGCAGUGGCCCAACGGCCUCAGCAUCGACUACGGGGCGAAGAAACUGUACUGGUGCGAUGCCUUGUUUGAUAAGAUAGAGCGUAUUUCGCUGGACGGCACCAAUCGAGAGCUGGUGCUGGAAGGUGAGCAUGUCGGCCACCCGUACAGCCUGGCCUUCCACGACGACCACCUGUACUACACGGAGUUCCAGAAAGGCACGAUCCAGAAGCUGCACGUGCCCAACAAGACGCUGGAGCUUCUGAGCGAGGAGUUCUCGCCCAUGUACGAGAUCAAGGUGUUCGACAACUCUUCGCAGACAGGCUCGAACGCGUGCUCCAAGAACGGCCGUGGCUGCUCCGACCUGUGCCUGGCCACGCCCGACGACGCGGCCUGCCAGUGCCGAGACGGCUCCGUGCUGAACACGGACGGGCUGACCUGCUCCCAGCAGCCCAACUUCACGCAGCCGUCCCGCUGCGGGCCCAGCUUCUUCCAGUGCAAGAAGAACAUGCGCUGCAUCGACCGCAAGUACGUGUGCGACGGCGACGACGACUGCGGCGACGGCUCCGACGAGAACAUCGGCCCGGGCGAGGCCUGCGAGCACAAGGAGUGCCGGGCCGACAUGUUCCGCUGCGACGCGAGCCGCUGCAUCACGCGCUAUUGGGUGUGCGACGGCGACCGCGACUGCCUGGACGGCAGCGACGAGGACCCCGCGCGCUGCCGCAACUCCACCUGCGGGCCGCAGCAGUUCGCCUGCCGCUCGGGGCGCUGCAUCCCGGCGGCCUGGACCUGCGACCUGGACCCCGACUGUGGCGAGGGCGACGACUCCGACGAGCACAGCGGCUGCGAAUACCCGGAGUGCCUGCCGACAGAGUUUGCGUGUGACAACAAGCACUGCGUGCCGUUCGACUACUACUGCGACGGCGAUGACGACUGUCGUGACGGCAGUGACGAGAAAGGGUGCCAGUCCUUCUGCGAUAUCAAGACCCAGAUCUACUGCGCGGCCGACUCGACGUGCCUGCCGCUGAGCAAGAAGUGCGACGGCCGCCACGACUGCAGCGACGGCAGCGACGAGGCGGCGGCCAAGUGCCGCAAGGCCGCGCGCAACAACACCGUGCAGGGCUGGGCGUGCGAGCAGCACGAGUUCCAGUGCGGGGACGGCGCCUGCAUCCGCGCGGUGUUCACCUGCGACGGGCACAAGGACUGCAUCGACGCGUCGGACGAGCUCAACUGCACAGGGGUGUCCACCACGCCCGCCGCCACGGAGCUGACCACCCCUCCCCCCAAGUGCGAGGAUCCUGCCCGCUGGUGCGACAACCACACCCAGUGCGUGCCGGUGACGGCCCUGUGCGACGGCCGCAAGGACUGCGAGGACGGCUCCGACGAAGGCCUUCGCUGUGCGGAGCAGAUGUGCGCCUACACGACGGAGUGCUCGCACGUGUGCCACGACACGCCCGAGGGCUACGUGUGCGCCUGCCCCUCGGACCUGCUCCUGCAGCCCAACCAGCGCACGUGCCUGGACGCUCACCCCUGCGAGGCCUGGGGCACCUGCUCCCAGCGCUGCGAGCCCGUCAAGGGCCGGUACAAGUGCGGCUGUGCGCCCGGCUUCCGGCUGGCCGCCGACCUCUUCACCUGCAAGAGCACCGAUCCCGAGACGCCGUACGUGAUCUUCAGCAACAGGCACGAGCUGCGCGGCGUGGACCUGCACACCUUCAACGUGAAGGCCCUGAUCUCCAGCCUGAAGAACACCAUCGCCCUGGACUUCUACCACACGCGGGAGACCAACACCAUCUUCUGGACCGACGUCAUCGACGACAAGAUCUACAGGGGCACGCUCAUCGCCCAGUCCCUGAGCAACAUUGAGGUGGUGGUGCAGACGGGGCUCGCCACGGCCGAGGGGCUGGCCGUCGACUGGAUCGGCGAGAACCUCUACUGGGUCGAGAGCAACCUGGACCAGAUCGAGGUGGCGCGGCUCAACGGCAGCUUCCGCAAGACGCUCGUCGCCGGCGACAUGGAGUCCCCCAGGGCCAUCGCGCUCGACCCCAGAUUCGGGCUGCUGUUCUGGACGGACUGGGACGCGAACGCCCCGAGAGUGGAGCGAUGCAGCAUGAGCGGCUACUUCAGGAAGACGGUCGUGAGGGUGGAUCAGAUCACGGACGGUGCGUGGCCAAACGGGCUGACUCUGGACUACGAUCUCAAGAGGAUAUACUGGAUCGACGCCAGAUCCGACUCCAUCCACACGACGGACUACGACGGGCAGGACCACCACGAAGUGAUGCGCGGGCACGAGACCUUGUCACACCCGUUCGCCAUCGCGCUGUUCGAGAACUACGUGUACUGGACGGACUGGCGCACCAACGCAGUCAUCCGGGCCAACAAGUGGAACGGCUCUGACGUCAGCGUCAUCCAGCGCACUCUCACGCAGCCGUUCGACAUCCAGAUCCUCCACCCCAGCCGGCAGCCCCGUGACGUGGUGAACCCGUGCGGGGACAACAACGGCAACUGCUCGCACCUGUGCCUGCUCAGCACCAACGGCACCUUCAAGUGCGACUGCCCGCACGUGAUGCGGCUCGACACGGACCAGAGGACGUGCGUUGUGAACGAGCAGGUGUUGCUAUUCUCGCGGUCGAGCGAGAUCCGCGGCGUGGACCUGAGCCUGCCCUACUACCACACCAUCCCCACCAUCAGCCUGCCCCAGGCCCUGUCCCCCUCGCAGCUGGACUUCGUGGCGAGCAGCAAGAAGAUAUACUGGACCGACACGCAGGUCAACGAGGUCAAGCGGACGGGGCUGACCGGCGGGGUGACGGAGAGCAUCAUCGACACCGGGAUCGAGCACCCGACGGGGUUCGCCAUCGACUGGGUGUCGAGCGUCAUGUUCGUGAGCUCGUCGGGGGCCGGCCGGAACCGCAUCCUGGCCUGCAACCUGGAGGGGGAGUACCUGGCGGCCGUGGUGGAGGGGGAGGACCUGCUGCAGGUGCGCUCGCUCGUGGUGGACCCCCUGAGGGGCAGCCUGCUGUGGAGCCACUCGCGGGACGACCGGCACGCCAUCGCGAUCAGCACGAUGGACGGGGCCGGCCGCAGGGAGCUGGUGUCCCGGGCCCAGGACCACCUGCUCGCGUCCCCGCAGAGUCUGUCGAUGGACCUGGAUUCGUGGCGCCUGUACUGGGUGAACGCGGACAGCAAGACGGUCCAGUACUACGACUUCGCCACGUCCAGCGUGAACACGGUGAGCCUGAGGUCGGGCUACCCCACGGCGGCGGUCGUCUACAACGGCUUCCUGUACUACGCCGACCAGGACGACAUGGCGAUCCACAUGGCGAACAAGACCACCGGGGAGAACGACGUCACGCUGAGGCAGAACACGGGCAACGUGCUCUCGCUGAAGAUCUACGAUCCCCAGAUCCAGACGGGGGUGAACCCCUGCUCGCCGCGCUACGCCGGGGAGUCUCUGCCCAAGUGCGCCCACCUGUGCCUGCCCGUGUCCGAGCGGAAGAGGGUGUGCAAGUGUGCCAUGGGCUACCACACACACCCGACCGACCCCACCAAGUGCGUCGGCAUCGAAGAAUUCCUCCUGUACUCCAUCAACUGGGAGAUCAAAGGGCUGCCUUUGAAGCAAGAUAAUGAUACGCAGGUUCUAGGCCCGAUAUCUCGCGUGUCAAUGGCCACCAGCAUAGACUUCCAUGCAGAGUCUGACUUCCUGUACUGGGCGGACAGCGACCACGGAACGGUGACUCGCAUCAGGCGCGACGGCACAGGGCGCAAAGUCGUCGUGGAGCACUUCGAAACCAUGGAGAGCAUUCCCUCGGACUGGUUGACAGGUCUGGCGGUGGAUUGGGUGGCGGGCAACCUCUACUGGUCGGACCCCAAGUUCAGCGUGAUCGAGACGGCGCGCCUGGACGGCUCCCACCGCUACGUGGUGGUGACGGGCGGGCUGGAGCGCCCCACCUCCAUCGCCGUGGACCCCGCCAGGGGGCUGCUGUUCUGGGCCGACGCGGGCAAGCAGCCCCGGCUGGAGCGCGCCAGGCUGGACGGCACGGGCCGGGCCGUCGUCGUCAACGAGUCCGUCGUCAGCAUCAACGACAUCUCGCUCGACUACCAGAACGGCAAAAUUUAUUGGUGCGACAGUAGUACCAACAUGAUAGAGAGAGUGAACUACGAUGGUACGGACAGGGAAGUCCUGCUGGAGUACACGUUGGACAAUCCCGUCGCCCUGACUGUCUACGAGGACACAGUGUUUUGGAUUGACAUCUCCCUGGACCGGGGCAGCAUCCGCUCAGCGCCGGCGGGCAACCUGUCGGACGACAGCGUGCUGCUGCAGGGCCUGGGGGACUCCCUCAAGGACAUCCAGGUGUUCUCCCGGGGCCGGCAGCGGGGCUCCAACCCGUGCGCGCAGGGCAACGGCGGCUGCGCGGAGCUGUGCCUCUUCAACGGCACGCACCCCGUGUGCGCCUGCGCCCACGGCAAGGUGGCCGGCGACGGCAAGUCCUGCGAAGAUUACGAUAGCUUCCUCUUAUACUCCCGUGUGGUUCGCAUCGACAGCAUUCACAUGUUUGACGAGAACAAUCUGAAUGCUCCGUUCUCCAGCAUCCAGUCUAAGGAGUACAUGCGCAACGCCAUCGGCCUCACUUUCGACUACAGCCGCUCUAAGAUAUUCUACUCCGACAUACAGCGCGGAAGUAUCAAUCAGGUGUUUUUCAACGGCACGGGACAUGGUGUUGUCGUGGAACGCCAAGGAUCUGUGGAAGGUCUUGCUUACGAAUCCAUCCAAAAUGUUCUCUACUGGACCUGCAACAAUGAUGCACUUAUUAACAGCAUCAACCUGACAUCCAACGCAAGCGAAGUGAAGACCAUCGUGAAACUGGGUGUGAAUGACAAGCCAAGGGGGAUCGAAGUAGACAGCUGCGAUUCUCGGAUAUACUGGACCAACUGGAACUCGCACACGCCAGCGAUCCAGCGCGCGUUCCUGAACGGCUUCAACAAGGAGUCCAUCAUCACUACGGACAUCCGCAUGCCCAACGCCCUGGCGCUGGACCAGAAGGCACAGAAGCUGUACUGGGGCGACGCGCGGCUGGACAAGAUCGAGCGAGCCGAGUACGAUGGCUCCAACAGGAUGAUCCUGGGCAAGGUGACGCCCCAGCACCCCUUCGACCUGGCGGUGUACGGGGACUACAUCUUCUGGACGGACUGGGUGCUGCACGCGGUCAUCCGCGCCAACAAGUACACGGGCGACGACUUGGUGUGGCUGAGGAAGGAGGUCCCCCGGCCCAUGGGCAUCGUCGCCGUGGCCAACGACACGGGCAACUGCUUCGCGAGCGCCUGCCGCGUCCUGAACGGCAGGUGCGAGGACGUGUGCAGCCUGGACACGGCGGGGCGGCCCGUGUGCAGCUGCUUCCCGGGACGCGGGCUGCUGCCGGACGGCCGGCGCUGCGCCAGCCUCUUCACCAACUGCACGGACCACUCCUUCGAGUGCUCCUCCGGGGGCUGCAUCCCCUACCAGCUCACCUGCGACGGCUGGCCCCACUGCGCCGACCACUCCGACGAGGACCGCAAGUUCUGCGCUGUGCGACACUGUCCUGCUGAUUUCUUCCGCUGCGACAACAGUCACUGCGUCCCCAAGAACCUGAGAUGCAACGGUGCCUCCGAGUGCGGCGACAUGAGCGACGAGCGCAACUGCACCUGCGACGAGAAGACGGAGUUCCAGUGUGCUUCCGGGCACUGUUUGUCCAACACCUUCCGCUGCGAUGGCGAUCCGGACUGCGACGACGCCAGCGACGAGAUGAACUGCCCUCGGACCAACUGCACCGCCCUGAAGUCCGGCCUCAGCAUGAUCAACUGCAACUUCACCACGGCCUGCAUCCACCACACGUGGAUCUGCGACGGCACGGACGACUGCGGCGACAACAGCGACGAGCAGAACUGCGGCGACCGAAUCAAAACGGAUGUUUUGCCACACUGCUCUGUGCUCUCGCAUCACUGCGACAAUGGCCACUGCAUCUCGCAGGAGUACCGCUGCGACGGGGAAGACGACUGCCAUGAUGGGAACGGUGGCACGAGCUCGGACGAGCGAGACUGCGAAAUAAAGUGUGAGCGGAACCAGUUUCAGUGUAAUAACUCCGAUUGCAUCACAAUCACAUGGCGUUGCGACGGGACAGCGGACUGUGACGAUGCCUCGGAUGAAAGUGCGGACUGCGCCAAUCGCACCUGCAGCGAGGUUGAGUUCCUGUGCAACUCGACGGGGCGCUGCAUCCCGUGGUCGUGGGUGUGCGACGGGGAGCGCGACUGCAGCGACGGGUCGGACGAGGGCGUCGCCGAGGACUGCGUGAAGGUCUCCAAGUCGUGCCUCUCCCACAGCUUCCUGUGCAGCAACAACCACUGCAUUCCGCGGGAGUACUACUGCGACGGGGACGACGACUGCGGGGACGGCAGCGACGAGCCCCCCACCUGCCCCAAGACCUGCCGAGCCGACGAGUUCCGCUGCGCCAACGGGAGGUGCGUGCUCUCCGCCUACACCUGCAACGGAGCCAACGACUGCGGCGACUUCUCCGACGAGAAGCUGAACAAGUGCGAUGUCAUCAACAGAAGCCUGGGGAUAUGUGCGGAGGGGCAGUUCACGUGCAAGAACCACGUCUGUGUGAACGAGACGCUGCUCUGCGACGAAGAGAACGACUGCGGAGACUUCAGUGACGAGGAGACUUGCAACACCAACGAGUGCGAGCUGGCGAGCCCGUGCGCCCAGCUGUGCGUGGACAGGAAGGUGGGGUACGAGUGCCGGUGCCGCGCCGGCUACAAGGUGAGCCCGGCCGACCCCCGUAUGUGCUCGGACGUGGACGAGUGCCGGGACCGGCCCUGCUCCCAGGGGUGCCGCAACACCGCGGGCUCCUACGUCUGCUCCUGCGCCGAGGGCUACGAGCUGCGGCCGGACGGACGCUCCUGCAAGGCCACGUCAGGGGUGGAGCCGAAGCUGAUAGUAACCAACCGCUACUACAUCCGCGAGCUGAGCCUGAACGGGCACUCCUCCCUGCUGGUGCACAACCUGACCAACGCGGUGGCCCUGGACUACGACUGGCUGCACCGGUGCAUCUACUGGACGGACGUCACCACGCUCGGCAGCAGCAUCAAGAGGAUGUGCAUGGGACGAGGGAACAUCACUCACGAGGUGCUGCACUCCGCCACGCUGCAGAACCCAGACGGCCUGGCGGUGGACUGGGUGGGGCACAACCUGUACUGGUGCGACAAGGGGCUGGACACCAUCGAGGUCUCCAAGCUGGACGGCCGCUUCCGCAAGGUGCUCGUCAGCCGGGGGCUGGAGGAGCCCCGGGGCGUGGUGCUGGACCCCAGGAACGGGUACAUGUACUGGACAGACUGGGGCGACAAGCCGUACAUCGGUAAGGCGGGAAUGGAUGGCUCCGGUCAGAAGAUAAUUGUGAACGACUCCCUGGGAUGGCCGAACGCUCUCACGAUAUCGUUCGAGACGGACGAGCUAUUUUGGGGCGACGCCCGUGAAGAUCACAUCACCGUUUCAGACCUGGAUGGCGGCCACAGGAAGGUCAUUAUUAGUAGAGCCAGGGACCCGAAUGUGCAGCUGCACCACAUCUUCGCGCUGGCCGUGUUCGAGGACUCCGUGUACUGGACCGACUGGGAGAAGAAGUCGGUGGAGAGCUGCCACAAGUACAACGGCACCCACUGCAGAACACUCGCGACCUUCGUGCACAGGCCGAUGGAUAUUCACAUCUUCCAUCCCUACAGCCAACUGCCUGUGGUGCGGAACCAGUGCGAGAGCGCGGGCUGCAGCACGCUGUGCCUGCUGACGCCCGAGGGGGGCCACACCUGCGCCUGCCCCGAGAACUACGUGCUGGGCGAGGACGGCCGCAGCUGCACGGCCAACUGCUCCGCCGUCAACUUCGUGUGCGCCUCCACCUACAAGUGCAUCCCCUUCUGGUGGAAGUGCGACACCCAGGACGACUGCGGGGACGGGUCGGACGAACCCAAGGGCUGUCGCAAGUUCAAGUGCACGCCGGGGCAGUUCCAGUGCGACAACAGCCACUGCAUCCACCCCUCGCAGAUCUGCAACGGACAGUCCGAGUGUGGCGACGGCUCGGACGAGAAGGACUGUGACAAGCACGUGUGCCUCAACACGCAGUUCAAGUGCCAGGGCACGGACAAGGCGCCCGCCCACUGCAUCCCGGCCGGCAAGCGCUGCGACGGCUACAUGGACUGCCCCAGCGCCGACGACGAGAAGGACUGCCCCCCGAAGACCUGCCCGCCCAACCAGUUCUCGUGUUCGAAUGGAAUGUGCAUCCCGAACGUGUGGGUCUGCGACGGCGAUGACGACUGCAAUGACCAGAGCGACGAGAGUCAAGACUGUCGGAACAGAACCUGCCCGGACGAUCAUUUCAAGUGCAACUCGGGCCGCUGCAUCCCGCGCACGUGGCAGUGCGAUGGCGACCAGGACUGCUCCCAGGGCGAGGACGAGCCCUACAGCUGCAACAGUCCCGACUUCCACACCUGCGACCCCACCUACUUCAAGUGCAAGAACAGCAAGUGCAUCCCCGGGCGCUGGCACUGCGACUCGGAGGACGACUGCGGGGAUAACUCGGACGAGGAGGGGGACUGCAGGCCGCGCAACUGCAGCGAGUCGGAGUUCCGCUGCGCCAGCGGCCACUGCGUCCGCGGGCUGCACCGCUGCGACGGCGAGUACAACUGCGACGACCUCAGCGACGAGAAGGACUGCAACACGACGUGCGGCGGCAACGAGUUCCAGUGCGGCAACCCGCAGUUCUGCAUCUUCAUCGAGUGGAAGUGCGACGGCGACGUGGACUGCAGCGACGGCUCGGACGAGGCCAACUGCAACGCCUCGUGCCCGGACGACCAGUUCACGUGCAGCAACAAGCAGUGCGUGAGCGCGGCGUGGCGCUGCGACAACGAGGACGACUGCGGCGACGGCUCAGACGAGGCCAAGUCCCUGUGCGCCUCCCUGCCCUGCCCGCCCGACAAGCAGAGGUGCCGUAACCACAAGUGUAUUUCCCAUCAGUUUGUGUGUGAUGGUUUCGACCACUGCGGAGACAACUCAGACGAGGACCCGCUGGCCUGCCAGCAGAUGAACCACUGCAUCAACGGGGAGUACCGCUGCGGGAACGGCUACUGCAUCAACUCGACCCUGCGCUGCGACACGUUCAACGACUGCGGGGACAACACGGACGAGGAAGGGUGCGUGCCGCCGCCGUGCCUGUUCGGCGACUGCUCGCAGCUCUGCGUCCGGAAGAAGGCACACAACUUCACGUGCCACUGCGCCGCCGGCUACACCAUGCUGGGCACUCGGGCCAAGACCAAGACCUGCAUCGCGCUAGGCAGCCCCGCGCACCUCAUGGUGGCCGGGGACACGGAGCUGCGAGUGCUCAACCCGUACGUGGCGGGCGACAACUCGCCCAACCAGCUGCUGGACAAGCAGCCCGCCGCCCCCGGCUACAAGGUCGAGUCCAUCGACGUGCUGUGGGACCCCGUGGACCCCGUCGUGUUCUGGUCCGACCACCAGAACAAGCGCAUCCUCCGGUCCGGCCUGUCCGACUUCGACGCCCCGUCGUCGCGGAGGAGGGUCCGCAGGGACAGCAGCUUGAGGAUCCUGGCAACGAAGCUGGUGGAUCCGCGGGGCAUCGCGGUGGACUGGGUGGCCAAGCGGGUGUACUGGGUCGACGCAGGGGCGGACAAGGUGAUGGCGUCGGCCAUCGACGGGCGCAAGAAGUACACCUUGGUCGUGACGGAACUCGAUCAGCCUCACGACAUUGUGGUCGAUCCGCAGUCAGGGCUGAUGUUCUGGUCUGACUGGGGGCGGAACGCACGCAUCGAAGUGGCCUUCAUGGACGGCACGGGCCGGCGAGCGCUCGUCGACACCCUGGUGCAGUGGCCGAUGGGCCUGGCCAUCGACUACCCCGCGAGGCGACUCUACUGGACGGACCCCAAAGGCCAUGCCAUCGAGAGCAUACACGUCACGGGCAGGGACCGCCACAUCGUCAAGCGGUUCGUCGAUGGCGAGUCGUCGCUCAACGAGAAGCCGUUCAAGCUGGACGUGUUUGAGGACAACCUGUACGUGAGCACGUACCAAGUGAACAACGUCCUGAAGAUCAACAAGUUUGGCCGUGGCAACUUCACGUACCUGGUGCAGAGCCUCAACAGGGCCUCGGACAUCCUCAUAGUGCAGGAGAACAAGCAGACUAAGAACUUGUCGAACCCGUGCGACUUGAACCCGUGCCACGAGAGCGCGCUGUGCCUCCUGGGGCCCGGGCCCACACCCUCGGAGGUCGGCCGCACCUGUGUGUGCCCGGACGGCCUCGUGAAGGUCGUCGCCAACAACAGCUCCGGCAAGGUGGUGUGCAAGCAGGGCAGCGCGCGGCCCAAGACGUGCGACCUGGACUGCAACCGGGGGACCUGCCACAUGUCGGCCGACGGGCCCAUGUGCGCCUGCCCGUCCCUCUACGGCGGCGAGCGCUGCCAGCACUACCGCUGCUCCCGCCACUGCCUCAACCAGGGCAUGUGCUACGCCGACCAGCUGUCCCCGCGCCCCUCGCCCUCCGACCAGCCGCCCCUCAAGUGCAACUGCCUGCCCCAGUGGACGGGGGAGCGCUGCGAGACCCCGGUGCACCUGUGCGAGGGCCUGUGCCUCAACGGCGGGACCUGCUACGUGAACGUCCACGCCAUGCCCGACUGCUCCUGCCCGCCUCGCUUCUCAGGCACUCGCUGCGAGAAGUGUGCUGAGCUGCAGUGUCUGAACGGAGGCACCUGUUCGCGAAGCAGCGGGGUCGCCCGCUGCAGCUGUCCCAAGGGCUACCACGGGACGCAGUGCGAGAAGUCUGACUGCGACAACUACUGCGCGACCGGCCCGUGCCGGCUGACGCCCCAGGGACCGGUGUGCGACUGUCCGCCCGGCUUCGCUGGCAAGAAGUGUGAACAGGACGUGUGUCAUCUCUUCUGUCUGAAUGGGGCCUCGUGCGGCCGGGGCAAGAAGAAGCCGUCGUGCGUGUGUGCCGAGGGCUUCGGGGGCCCGCGCUGCGAGACGAACCUGUGCAGCUGCAGCUGCGACGGGCGCCAGCCGGGCUGCGAGUGUCCCCCGCCGCCCCACUGCCCCCCCGCCGCCUGCUCCCCCUCCACCUGCGGGAACGGCGGCACCUGCACCGUGCGCGACGCCCAGGUCGUCUGCAGCUGCCCGCCGGGGUGGGCGGGUCGCGACUGCUCCGAGCGGGCCGGCGGGGAGGACCCCUGCGCCGGCUACUGCCUGAACGGCGGGGCGUGCCACCGGGACGGCGGGAACGCCACGUGCCGCUGCCCCGGGGGCUGGUCCGGCCCGCGGUGCGGGGAGCGGUCGACGUGCAGGGGCUACUGCUUCAACGGCGGCUCCUGCCGGGAGUCCUCCGACCCCGGCCUGCAGCCCGCGUGCCUCUGUCCGCCGACCCACGUGGGGACGCGGUGCCAGACGCUGGUGCGGGACCUGCCCGUGUCCCAGGAGUCGAGCGGCUCGGCGACCGGGGUCAUUGUCGCCGUCGUGUUGGCGGUGCUGGCGCUCGCGGGCGCCGGCCUCACCCUGCUGGUGCUGCGCAUCCGCAGGAGCGGCAAGCCCUUCAUGCACGUGCGUAUGCAGGAGAAUGUGGAGAUCAGCAACCCAAUGUACUUGCGGGAAGAUGCGGAGGAAGAGGAGCCCGACGUCAUGGACGCCAGCUUCACGCUGGAUCCGGACAAGAGCGGGAACUUCUCGAACCCCGUGUACGAGAGCGUGUUCAGCCCGGCGCCGGCGGGCGGCUCGGGCGUGGCGAGCGAGGAGAAGGCGGGACUGCUGCAGGAUGACAACACGAGCCACCCGCUGGCCGGAGGCAGCCGCGAGAACCUCGCGUAGUGGGCGGCGGUCGCACUGGCCGCUGGAGGCCGGCCGCCCGGCCAGAACUGAGCGUCCGUCAGGACGGCAUGUCCCGGUCUCUCCUCUCCCUGCUCUGGUGUUGCAACCUCUCUGGUCACAGACUUGAACACACAAUCAGCUCAGAACAUUGCAUUGACAAGUUCUGCUUGGACCAAUUUUAUCCUGUCUUAACAAAUUAUGUAAUUGUCAUGUCUUCUGUGGUAAUUUUAAACUUUUGCAGUACAGAAAAAAAAGCAGACGUCUCAAGUCGGAAUUUCUGCUUCAUUUCAUGGGACUGCAUGACUACUAACUUAUAUUAUUUUGUAUGAAGGAGUAUUGUACUGACACGGUUCCAUUCGUAAAUGGAUCCGUUCGUGUGUGGGUUCAUGUUUAUCGUUUUUAGGUCUGUUUGGUCGUCUGUAGUUUGGUGAGUCAUUUGAGCCCCGCUAUUGCCACCCGACAUGGCGGGCCGCUUGGUCCGGUUCCAGUGGAAUGACCCCGCUUGUUUUUAAUUAAGUGCGUAGUGUCACUACAGCUGUUACCCUCACAGUUGCACACUUUCAUGCAUUUUGCAUCACUUCAAACCCCCCAGAAUAUAACGUCGUUUUCGUAGCUCGUUGAAGAGUUAUAAAUGGGUUCAUGUGUAGUUCAUUUUACAUUUAUGGAAUUGUUAAUUAGUCUGUUGAAAAAUAUUUAAAAUAUAAUACAUUUUUUAUCCUACAUAUUUUUUGAGCAAACAUUAUUUAUGAACAAAUAACAUUGAUUAUUUAAUUGGAGUCAGACUAUUUUUAAAAAAAAAAAUUUCAUUUAUUUAUUUUUUAUUUUUAGUAUUGGGAUCCAAAACCAUAGUUUUGUGUCUCUUAGAAGUUUUAUGUAUAAUUUCUGAUGUUGGUUAUAAAGGAAAGUGUCAAUGUAGCUGUGCCAAGGUUAUGCAGUAAAAAAAAAUUUAAUUUGUCAAUGUGGUUUAAUACUAAAACAUGAUUUUCAUGGAAUUUAUUUGAAGUGUCAAUGUUUUAUGCACAAACUGUCAAAAUGUGAUUUAGGUAUUUUAGUUAAGAUAUUGUAAGCUGUGAAUGAGACAGAAACACCAAAUAUACCAAAUAAAAAAAUAAUCCAACAUAUCAUGAAACAACAUGCAAUAUGUAGUAUAGGCUGCAUAUAUUUUAGAAUACAGCAAUUAAAACAGUACUUUCAAGUCAGCAAAAUAUGUCAUAGUUAGUAUGUUCUGCUUAAAUAUUCUAAUUAUAUGUUUGUCCCAUGAUUUAUACAGAAAUGAUGAAACCUUUUUUUUCCUCUUCAAAUAGUGCCUAAUAAACAAAAACAAAAUUUAAUUAAAAUGCAAAGCUAAGUGAAAUUAUUUUGAUUAAGGAUUUCAUACAGUUUUAAUUUAUACCUGUAAUAUUUUAGGGACUAUACAAAUGUAUUGUUAUUCUUGUAUCUUAAGGUAUUCCAGCCAACUGGAUUAAUUGUAGUAGUAUUUAAGUGUUUUAAGAUAUUCAGUGCCACAUUAAAUUUUCAGUACUAGUUUAGUACUUUUUGUAGAGUCAUUCUAUAAAAUUAGAUUUAGGUACGUUAUUUUACAAAAGUUUUUUCCACGAGAAAUGCAGCUAUAAUUUUCAAAUUGCAUUUAUUUUUAAUUAUGUGGCUUCUAAAGCAAUAUUCAAAUAUUGUCGUAUUUGGUCACAAGUGAUAAAAGGUAGAGUGUAUAAAUUGAUGACGUCCUUCACAACUGUACAUAUCUUGUAAAUAUACAGUGAACACUAUAUCUUUUACACAAAUUUCCUAAAAUGAAAAUGUUACAAAGUCCAGGGUAAAGCUAAAGUGAAUUGUAUUUUUGUCGUUAUGUAUAUAACGAAAAGUAGAAUAUUGAGAUUUUGAUGUGUGUUUAUUCUCCUGUUGUAUCCUUAAAGUUUUCAAUAAGUGUGUUUUCAUUACUGUGAUGUUUUGCUAUAAUUUUGUAGCUAGGUAAUGACAAAGCUAGUACAGUGAAUUGGUAGACCUGCUACAUACAACAGAUGCAUCACAUUCUGUGUUUAUGUUGUUAAUUUGAUAUUGUGCAGUAAGGAAACAUUACAAUGUCGCAUGUGAAGUUUGGUUGUGUAUUACAGGUUGUUGCUCAAGUUAGUGAAAUUUGUGUUCUCUUUAUUGUUUGUUUUCUUUUACAUUUAAAUUGUAACUUUGUUAAUUUUUCCUAGUGAAGUUGAGUGCCGAUUUGUCACUGCUGCGAAUGUGUGGUUUGGUUGUGUUAAUCAUGUUGAUAUUUUAACCGUAGUGUUAUUCUAGUGUGGUUGUACUGGGAAUUUAUCAGGAGAUACUGCGUUGGUUAGACCAGCAGAGUAACAAAGUUAUUUUUUGAAUUUUGGUUUUUUUAAAAAACUUUUAGGGGUGUGCGAUUCCUUAUAUUCCAGUUUGGUUUGAAUUUAAGUCAAACCAUUGACAACUAUAGGAGAUUUGAUUCCAGUUCCAAAUUAUGUGUGUCUGUGUUUGUAUUUUCUACAAUCUAUGAGUAUAUAUUUUAUAUUGAUAAAUGAAUGCAGUGUGAUUUAAAAAAAUUAAUACUUUCUUUUAAGAAGAAAGCACACUUCCCUGACAACAGACCUGUGCAAAAUGUUUUAUUAUUUUCAAUUCAAUUUGAAUAAGAACAUAAUAUUCUCGAAUACGUACAUAGACUUCAAAUAGCCAGAGUGCGAAAGAAAAAAUAUUUUUUUUAAACAUUUCAUAGUCAUAUUUUCACAUACAUUUGUACGGUUUUGUGCAGUGGCAAUUAUAUAUUUCAACUUAAUGGUUAAAAACAUUUAAAAAAAAACUACAAGCAAAGCAUUAUUUAAAAAUUUUAGAAAUAUUUUUGCAGUGGUAGCAAAAACUGCUUAUUGUUUGCUUGUUUUCAUCUUGCCAAAAAAAUUCCAGAAGACAUGUUGUUUUUUUUUCAUUUGAACUUAAAUGAUCCUGUUGUUAAUUAUGCAUAACAUAUCAAAUAUGUAUAGCUAUAUCAAGCCCAUUACAUAUUUUAACUAUGUUCAUACACAUUUAUGUUGUACUGCAAUGAUUCAACCUAAAUGCAAAUUGUUUACACCAGGUGAUAUGCAACAACGUCACUACACUUAGAAUAAAAUAAAAUAAUAAUUAUUUCAAAAUGUAGGUUUUUAAAAUUGAUUUGAAUAAAAAUAACAAUUUAUUCAUUUUUAUAUUUAAAAUUUUAAAUAUUCGCAUAGGCCUAACAAACAGACAUGUUUACUGGUCUGUGCUGGUCUCAAUGUGCUUACAAGUUUUGUAUCGUAGAUUUUUUGAAAAGAAGAACCGAAAUGUGUACCGAACGUGAGGGUCUGCCCCACGUCCGAGCAAGCCGGGCAACCACCCAGGGCUCUGCCCCGACACUUUCCAUUUUUACCAAAUACCUAAUGCCAUGAUCUCAUGGGUAUUUAAUUGGUACCAUUUUUAAUGAAACCAACCCAGUGGUAAUUUAUUGGGCAUAAAUAUCAUUUCUGAACCUAUAUAUGCAAACUAUCAAAGUUGGUAGGCUUGAAAAUGUUUUAAUUUUUUUUUAAAUUUAAUUUUCUAAGGGAGGGCUUCCAAACCACGUUCCCCUCCUUCGUUUGUCUUCGAGACUGUCCCAGUAACACCCAGGCCCCUCGGUAGGGCUCCUCUCUAGAAUAUUAGUCCCCACUAAAGUAAAUGGUCCAUGUUAAAGUCCGUGUCCGCCGCUGGCAAAAGUACUGUGCGUGCCGUGCCGUGCUGCGAACUAGUUCCGUGCUCCACCCUAGCACAGCAGGCUUGCCCGAGAGACGGCGGGCUGACACCGCUGCUCCUGACAGGUUUCGCAGUUGGCAAGCAUGUGCGUUGUUCGGUCGCAAGCCGAAGAGCAAUUGCUAUCGAUAUCUUUCAUGUGAGACUCUUCAGCCAUUGUACUGAACACUAUGCUGUUAGUCAAAACUAUUUCUUAAAGUUACAUCAUCUAAAUGAUUAGAAACAUCUGUAAAGGUAUAGUAACACACAGCCCAACAUACUAUUUUAAUCAGUAAUAUAUGUAAAUUAUUUUUCAAACAAAAUAUUAGGUUUCAGUUGGAAAAUUUCUUCAUUUAAUACAAACAAUCUCUAGUAGCAAUUAAGUAGUGUUAAAAAAAGUUAUUUUUCUCCCUCCAAAUUUUGAUGCAAAUUUUGAUUUAACAUGUUACUUGUGUAGAACUAAUUAAAUGAGUUUCUGUUUUUCACUUGGUUUUUGUGUUCGACAUCUUAGAGUUCAAAACCAGAACUAAAUCAUUUCAGGUAUUGUGUCAUCAAGAAUUCAAGGUGAAACAAUAAUGUUGGAUAUUCGCACAUCCUUAAAAGUUAUUAUUAAUUUUGAGCUGUGUCAAAUUACUUGUACUAUGUUCUGCAGUGACACAAGCGUUUCAGUUUCUUUUAUUGCUAGAUGUAUGCACUAAAUAUUUUUUGGCUUCUAUAUUUUACAAGUAAAACAUUUUGUUGCCAAUUUCCCCCAAUAAAUUUUAAUUUUGCAUAGGUUUUGCAUGAUUUAGAAACUUUUUUUAAAUAAAUUAGCUAAACUUACGUUCAAAAAAUUUAAGUGACUAAAUGCAACGUGAAAAUGAGUGAACAAAUUUUGUAUGAAUAGCAAGUGUUUUUUUUUUUGUUCACUUAGACUAAUUUGUGUGUUUUUUUUUACUCUGUCUUAUGUUCUGUGCAUGUUUUUUAAUUUUUUAAAUGUCAGAAACAAACGAGUAUAUAAAAGGUACCCUGCCAUGUUACUAAAACGAACAAACUUUGGAUUGCUGCCAAUUCAAAGUUGCAUCUGCAAAUCGAAACUAUUUUUGUACAUAAUAUGUCCUAGAGUGUAAGCGCCAGUGAUCAUUAAGACUGUAAAAAAAAUGAGUGCUUUUUAAGCUGAGUCUGGAUUUUGUACAUGGAAACAUGAAAAUGAAUCUUCAAACUGGUUUUCAGAAUAAAAAAGGUUUAAUGAAAAUUAA